AUGUUUGAGUAUAAGAAAAGGCUGCCAGAAGGAGUUUCCAAAAAAGAGCUUGACAGAGCUGGGGUGAUAAAGUGCUCAAAUGGCGAUGACCUGUAUGCCGACAACUCAGGAACCAGUCUAUCAAUAGUCGGAGCAGAUUUCUGCAUUGUGGCAUCCGACACAAGACACUCUGCUAGCUUUAGCAUAAACACAAGACAGGCAACAAAGUCGUUCUGCAUUGACGGGAGAUUCAUUCUCAGCACCACAGGAUUCUACGCCGACUCUCGGCACAUUUUCAAGGAGCUCGCGUAUGAAAUAGACAAAUACCAGUUCAAGUUCGACAAAAAGAUGGGAAUAGAGCAGGCUGCAGCCAUUCUCCACAUUCUGCUGUACAACCACAGAUUCUUCCCAAAGUACACGUACUGCUGUCUUGUUGGAUUCAAUGAGAAGGGCGAGCCCAAAGUGUUCUCGUACGAUCCUGUAGGGAGCUAUCAGGAAACACCGUGCAGAUGCAAUGGGUCAGGAACAGCGAUGCUGCAGCCUAUGCUUGACUCUUGGAUAACCAGGAAGAACUGGUACUGCGAAGAGGGAAAGGACCAUGUGUGCAGCGAGGAGGAAGUCACUGCGCUGGUCAGAGAUGUGUUUAAUAGCGUAGCUGAAACUGAUGUAAAAACAGGAGAUGGCCUAGAAGUAUACAUAAUUAAGAAAGAUGGGAUAAGCAGAAGUGAAUAUCCGCUGAGAUCCGACUAA